AUGCGCACCAGCACUCCCUACUCGAGCGCGACCUUCAGCGUCACUCCCAGCUCUUCCACCUCUCUGGAAAAGACCACCAGCACUCCCCUCGUGGUUGAGUCCUCCACCCACACCGCUGCCCCUGCUUCGGCUUCGUCUACCCGGGCCAACGGUGCCGCUUCGCUCCAAUUCCCCGGUGUCGUGGCGGCUGGUGCCAUGGCUGUUGCUGGUUUCAUCCUGAUUUAA